AUGCCUACCGACGCCACGCAAACCGCCAUCAUCCAGUCCACCGUCGGGCACCUAGAGGCCUCGGGUCUGCCCUUGACGAUUUCGACAGAGGUGCCUGUGCCGAAGCUGGUCACGCCGUGGGACGUCCUCGUCCGCGUGUUGGCGGUGGCGGGGAACCCGACCGACUUUAAAAUGCCCACCCACUUCUUCAUGGAGAACAGGGUGGUUGGGUGCGACUUUUGCGGCACCGUGGAGAAGGCCGGUGCGUCUGCUAAAUGGAAGGUCGGCUUGAGGGUGUGCGGUGCGGACUUUCCCUACCACAUCACGCAAGAGAAUCCCCAGAACGGCGCUUUUGCGCAGUGGAUUGCCAUCGACUCACGGCACCUGCUCCAGGUCCCCGAAACCUGGACCGACCUGCAGGGCGCUGCCCUUGGCGCCCUGGGAUGGGGUACCGCGGCCAUGGCCUUUGGGGACCCCGACGCUCUGGAUCUCAUCGGCCGCCCUUCCAAGCCCAUCCAGGGCGAAACGAUGGUCCCCGUGUUGGUGUACGGAGGGGGGGCGGCCACGGGGCUUGUGGCGAUACAGCUCCUCAAAGCAUCGGGAUACGCGCCUGUGGCGGUAUGCUCGGCCGCGUCGUCAGAGCGCGUCAUGGGUCAUGGUGCAAUUGGGACUGCAGACUACUCUGCCCCGGACACUGUGGAGCAGAUCAGGUCCAUAUGCGGCAGCAUUCCCAUCAGACACGCCCUGGACUGCAUCACAGACGACAUCUCGGCGGCGACGUGCUUCGCCGCCAUCGGUAGAACGGGCGGCAGGUAUGCGUGUCUCGAAGAGUUCUCCCCCAGCUGGGUCACCCGAAGGGCCGUCCGGGUCAAGGUUGUCAUGGGAUUCGAAAUGCUGGGCUACGACGUCGACUUUGGCCCAGUUUCGUACGCGCGCCCCGCGAACCCGGCGCUGCAAGCCAUCGGGCGACUGUGGGCAGACGAGGUACAGGCCCUGCUGAACCAGGGACGCUUGGCAACCCAGCCCUUGGAAGAGAUCAAGGGCGGGUUCGAGGGUCUCCUCCGGGUCGUGCGCAUGCUACAGAGCGGGGAGAAGGCAGGCAAGAAGCUCGUAGUAAGGAUUACAGAAUAG